AUACCCAACCAUGAUCGCACUAUUGACCAACGAACUGACUGCACGAAGUGUAAACACUAAUUGACCGUUGUGUUCAUCAAUUAAAUCGUAACCACAAUGGAUUUAUACCUGAAUGUUGGUAAAGGUUUUUGAACUGCCGUUCGUUAGCAAGAUCCAGUGGCAACAUGGAAAAUGUUCUACUCAACAUAGUCAAGGGAGCUAAUGACGAAAAGGUCACUUCAGUGUUUUCACCUGGCAAACAGGCAAACUUCUUGGGUAUAUCACCACUGAAAGAUGUUGAAACCAAGAGAGAGGGAAGGCCGUUUCGGGUUUCUAUAGAGGGAAACAUAGGGGCUGGAAAAUCGACGUGUAUUGAGUAUUUCGACAAGUUAGCUACAGUUGAAACAUAUGCCGAACCCAUUGAGUGGUGGAGGAACGUAGACGGGGAGAACCUUCUAGAGCUCCUUUACACUGACAUCAAUAAAUGGAUUAGCGUCUUCCAGAGCUACGUCCAACUAACAAGACUGAAAGUACAAACAACCAAACCUAAGAAGCUUGAUACUACUGUCCAAAUCUUCGAAAGGUCUAUACAGAAUAACAGAUUUUGCUUCUUGGAGCAUGCGUACAGGAAGGGUUCCCUAACCAGUGCAGAUUACGCUGUGUUGGAUCAGUGGUACAGGUGGAUUAGGGCUAAUGUUGAUAUAAACCUCGAUUUGAUAGUUUACCUGAGGACAUCUCCAGAGGUAGUAUACGAGAGAGUGAAGACAAGGAAUCGACCAGAAGAAACUGGAUUGACUCUUGAAUAUCUCAAAGAUUUACAUGACAGCCAUGAAAAAUGGCUGAUGUCCAAUGAUGAGAGGUUCAACAACGUUCCACUGAUAGUGUUAGACGGCAAUAAGCCUCUUGCUGAGAUGGAAACACAAUACAAAAUAUUCGAAGACCAAAUACUAGGACGAGAUAGUAGAGGACUGAAAAGAAGUAAUACCGCAGACGAACUCUUGGGUAGGGUGAAGAAAAAUUUAAGAGAAGAUUUAUAAUCAUACAAAAAACAUCAACUAUAUGUAGUGAUGGAAUUCCAAAUAUUACUUUAUAUUUUCUCAGAACAAUUAAUCAUAAUAAACUAUAUUUUCAAAUC